GGGGCUUGCCCGUCCCUUUGGCCUCUAGCCCCGCCCACGGGCCUUUGGGUUCCCUGUUGCUGUUGCGCCGCUGCUGGCUGCUGUCCCCGGACUCCACCAUGGACAAGACAAUGGAUGAGCCCCCCAUAUCAGCUGUGUUGCUGGAACACUGCAGUUUCUCUCAGGUCGUGUUUAACAGUGUGGAGAAGUUCUAUGUUCCUGGAGGAGAUGUCACAUGCUACUACACCUUCACCCAGCAGUUCAUCCCUCGUCGCAAGGACUGGAUUGGCAUCUUUAAAGUGGGGUGGAAGACAACCAGGGAGUAUUACACCUUCAUGUGGGUUGCCUUGCCCAGUGACCUAAACAAGGAAUCAACCAGGCAGCUGGAAGUCCAGUUCAAAGCUUAUUAUCUGCCCAAGGACGAUGAGCAUUACCAGUUCUGCUAUGUGGAUCAAGAUGGCGUGGUCCGGGGAGCAAGUAUCCCUUUCCAAUUCCGUCCAGAAAGUGAGGAGGACAUCGUGGUUGUUACCACGAAGGGAAAGGUGGAAGAGAUCGAGCAGCACAAUGAGGAGCUUCUCCGAGAAAACCAGGAGCUGAGAGACAGCUGUGCCAGCCUCCAGAAGCAGCACUCAGACGCGCAGGCUGAGCUGGAGAGGAAGCAGGAGGCACUAGAGGCACUGCAGAGCACCAAUAAGAAGUUAGAAGAGGACAUGGAAGAGCAGAAGGCCUGUUGGGAGACUGAGAUGCUCCGACUGAAAGAACACAACCAGAAGAUAUCCUCAGAAAACGAGAAGCUGGGGAGCAGAGUAGACCAGCUUCAGGCCCAGCUGUCAACUCAAGAGAAAGAAAUGGAAGAGCUUGUUCUGAGAGACCAAGACAUGACAGAGCAGCUGCAGCGUCUCAAGGAUGAAAAUAGCCAGCUCGUCCUCAGUCUCACUGAACAGAAGGAGCAGCAGAAGAAGCUUGAGCAGACAGUGGAAAAGAUGAAGCAGAGAGAAACCACGGCCAGGAAGAAGCAGCAGGAGCUGACGGAGCCUAAGAACAAAGAGACAACCACGGAGGAGGAGUUAGUGCGAGAGGUUGACCGCCUAAAGGCAAAGGUAGAGGCCGGGAGAGCCUGUUACUUAGAGAAGUACAAAGAGUGUCAGCGACUCCACAAACAGAUCAGGCAACUCAGGGCUUCUGCAAUGGAUGAGAACUUUGACCUGUCUAGAAAGCUAAGUGACAACAAGAUUGUGUCUGACGUUCUGAAGAGAGAGAAAGAGAGACUAGACAGAGAGAACAAUAUCCUGAAGAAGGAGAACAACAGACUGAUGAACUACAUGGGCCUCCAAGGCGACUCUUUUCCACAUCAAAUGCAUUCUUCAGAUCAAGGAGCUGGUAGGCAAAACCCAGGCCUUGUGUAUGGAAACCCAUAUUCUGGUAUCCAAGAAAGUUCUGCUCCCAGCCCGCUUGGCAUGAAGAAGUGCCUCAUCUGUUCAUCAGACUUUGGUGAUGGAGUCUGUGAUCACAUCUUGGAGCAGCAGCAAAUGCAGACCCAUUUCUUGAAUUGUCCAAUUUGUGACGAAGCCUUCCCGGCGAGAGAGAAGCAGAUCUUUGAAGACCAUGUGUUCUGCCACUCUCUCUGAGUGUCCCCGCCUGCAUCAGGUCUCACAGUGUAGAACACAGUCUCUACUGUAAGCUCUCCAAGCAGAGAAGCCUGUCUAAAUCAUUUGGGGUUCACUUAGAGCUGCUGCCCGCAAAGGGUGACUGUGGCCGCUGUAGGGUGGUGUUGACAGGGCUGCGGCUGCCCUGUCCACGUCACAUAGCUGCAGCUCCAGCCUGCCACCUGCAGUGCCCUUUGGUCCUCAGACUCCAGUGCAGAACCUGCUGGUCCCAGCAGCCACCUGACACCAAGGCAUUGUCUUCCAAGUUGUCCCACUGCGGUCACAGCCAGGCCUUGAGCAUUUGUGCCCCAUUCUCAGCCCUGACCCCGAGGGUGGGAACAGGAUGGAAGUGGAGAAUUUCUUUAUCUUCCUCAGUCCUUUCUUCAACCAAUGGCCUCAGAUUACCCCAAAAAGGCACAGCAGAGAACUCAGAUUCCAAAGAUUUAUCAGCUUCCAAAAGGAGCAACCUUUGUUUUUGAAAACAGGGCCUGACUCUAGCCCUGGCUGGCCUGGAACUCUCUAUGUAGAAGAGAUCUGUGUACGUGUGCCCCCAGAGUGCUGGCAUCAAAGGCAUGCACCACCAUGCCUGGUGAGAAGUGUCUUAUUCUUCACCUACAAAAAGCCUUAUUUCUAGCAGAGUGUGAUGAUAUGUAUCUGUAUUCCAGCAGGUGACAGGUUGAGACAGGAGGGUUAUGAGUUCAAAGCCUCUUGGACUACAUUGUGAGGCUUUCUCUCAGGAAAAAUGGGGAGGGGGCAGGGAAAAGGCUUCUUUCUAUCUAGAUACUUCUGAUUGGCACUUUCUGAUCAUUUCUUUACAUACAACAUGGAUUAUUAUGUCAUAUAUAUGAAGAGAUUUUUUUUUCUGGCUGACCUGGAAUUCACUGUGGAGCCCAGGCUGGCCUGGAACUCAGCAAUCCUGCUGCGUCACCUUAGUGCUGAGCCUACGGGCCUGAGCCACUGCUCCCUGUCCUGAGUCUGUUGGUGACAACUGGGAAUGGGUAGGAGGUGUAUGGGCUUGCAACUUUCUCAAGAGUUACUUGUUUGUAUGAAUCUAAGACUAAUGAGACAAUGUUAAUCUCUUCACUGUUGGAAAUAAAUUACUCUUUUUAAGGA